AUGCGCACCAUCAAGUUCUACGGCUGGGAAGAGGCAUUUAGGCAGGUGGCGGACGAUGAUCAAGUAGACAAAUUCGUGCCGCCUGCCCACCUACGGAUCGCAAGAUAUGCGACCUCUUUGGUUGGAAGCUCUCUCCCCCAGAUCUCAGCAGCAUUGACAGUCUCGUCGUUCUUACACACCUCGAACAAUAUCGAAUAUGCGGAUAUACUUUUGGUCAUGUCAUCUGCCGAGUCCCUGACUGGUCUUUUCUCGAUGCUCGCUUCGGCCACAGGGAUCAUAAAGAGUAUUUCUGAGACUUCCGAAGAACUAGAGAUGCUGCUACGUAAGGACGAUUACCAGUUUAUCGCGUGCCGAAACGAUGCUGACGACGUGGCUGUCUCGAUGGAUUGCUGCAGCUUCCAGUGGAACACAGGUGAUUUUGCUCUGAAGAACAUGGAUCUCAGGAUCAGCAAGGGCGAGUUCGCUGUGGUAGUCGGUCGUGUUGGCAGUGGAAAGUCAUCGCUGUUGUCAGCGAUCUGCAGCGAGAUGCCAAUAGCAGAUGGCACCGGUCUGGUCUCUGGCAAGAUCGGGUACGUCAGCCAGAAGCCUUGGAUAAUGAACGCAACGGUUCGCGACAAUGUGCUUUUUGGGAGUCCUUUCGACGAAAAGUUCUACCACACGGACAUUAAGCUGUUCCCGGCCCAGGACCUAACUGAGAUAGGUUUUCGCGGGAUAAACCUGUCGGGUGGCCAGAAGGCAAGGCUGGCACUCGCUCGGGCAAUCUACUCUCGCGCCGAUAUCUUUGUUUUGGAUGACCUGCUGGCGGCAGUUGAUGCCCAUAACGCGGGAUCAUCAGUGGCAAGGACGCGGAUUCUGGUGACUCAUGCCGAGCAUGUUGUGCCCUUGGCUGACAGAGUUGUCACGCUUGUCUCUGGGUGUGCCACCGUUGCGAAGCAAGUCCCGGCGCAGCUGAAUGCGGGCGUGAUACCUUCUGCAAACAGCGGACAAACAGCAGUUUCAGACGACUCGUCUGCCGGUUCAGGACAGUUCACAUAUGACCCAGAGCGCGGUGUGGACACGCAUAUUUGGCCAAAGCUGUGGCAGUACAUCGUGUUUUGUGGGUUCUCUGCUGUUGGUCCGUCGGUGCUGCUACACCUGGUGAGCACAUAUAUUGUCUACCGAGUUGAGAGCCCAGAUAACAGCGAUGUCGGCGUGAAUUUGUCCAGCGACUGGCCAACGACGGGCACCAUCGAAUUCCGCGAUUACAGCAUGCGGUACUGCGAAUCCCAGGACCUUGUCCGACAGCAGGAGAAGAUCGGGGUAGUUGGACGUACCGGUGCUGGCAAGUCGUCGCUUACAUUUGCACUGAUGCGCUUGGUUAGCCCAGACAGCGGGGCCAUCUUCAUUGAUGGGGUGGACAUUUCGAGUAUUGGGCUCAAGCACUUGCGCUCGAAGAUCAGCAUCAUCCCGCAGGACCCGGCUCUGUUCAACGGCACUAUACGCGAGAAUCUGGACCCGCUGAACGAGUUCACUGAUGAUGAGGGGAUUGGGCUGAACAAGUGGAUCGAAGAUGGCGGCAGGAAUUUUAGCGUCGGACAGCGUCAGCUCGUCAGUCUGUGCCGUGCACUUCUGUGGAAGCGCAAGAUCCUGGUCCUCGACGAAGCAACAGCAAAUGUUGAUACAAAGACUGACCAAAUCAUGCAGCGUGUUAUCCACGAGGAGUUCAAGGACUGCACAGUUCUGACCAUCGCGCACCGGCUCAGGACCGUCAUGGACAGCGACCGGAUUCUGGUCAUGGAUCAGGGCAGAGUCGCCGAGUUCGAUUCGCCGGCUAAUCUGUUAGCACAGGACACGAUGUUCAAGGGCCUUGUCGAGACGGCGACUGUGUUCGUCAGCUAUCUGGCAGCGACGGCCAACGACUGCGCACGCGAGGCCGGCCAUAAGACUAUCCUGGCGAACGAUGUAUUCAAGGCGCUGGAGGCUGUUGGGCUCACAGAUUUCAUCGACAAGCUGAAGGAGGACUUUGAGGCACAUACGGUAAUGGCCCGUGAGAAGAAGGAAAUGAAGAGCAAGCAGGCUUCUGCAGAUGGUGACGAUGAUAAUGAGGAUGAGAGCGAUAUGGCAGCGGCCACAGAAGGAGCCAAAGGACGACAGCAUGGAAGUCGAUGA